CUUGAAUUUACCCUAUCUGCAGAUGGAAAGCAAAUUAAAGCAGAACUAUCAAACACCACUACAGUGAAGGAAUUUAUUCUGUUGGGGUUUUCGGAUAUUCCCAACCCCCAGUGGAUUCUCUUUGGGAUAUUCCUACUCAUAUAUUUGACUAUCCUGAUGUGCAAUAGUAUCAUAAUACUAAUCACAAGAAUAGACCCUGCUCUUCAGACCCCCAUGUAUUUUUUUCUUAGCAAUUUUUCAUUUUUGGAAAUCUGUUAUGUAACAGUCACUAUCCCAAGAAUGCUCAUGGACCUUUGCAUGCAGAAAAGAAACAUUUCUCUGUUUGCCUGUGCUACGGAAAUGUGUUUUGUCCUGAUGUUUGGAGGCACAGAGUGCCUUCUUUUAACAGUGAUGGCCUAUGACCGCUAUGUGGCCAUUUGCCACCCUCUGCAUUAUUGUCUAGUGAUGAACCACAGGGUCUGUACUAAGCUGGUGGCUGGCUCCUGGAUCAGUGGAAUUCCAGUUGGAAUUAGGCAUACUUACCAGAUUUUCUCUUUGCCCUUCUGUGGGUCUAAUAGAAUUAAUCACUUCUUCUGUGAUCUUCCCCCAAUACUCAAGCUUGCUUGUGGGAACACAUUUGUGACCGAGAUAGCAGUCUAUGUAGUUGCGGUGGUAUUUCUCAUGAUUCCAUUUCUUUUGAUCGUUGUCUCCUAUGGCAAAAUUAUCUGCAACAUUAUGAAACUGUCAUCAGUCAGAGGAAGGUCAAAGGCUUUCUCCACCUGCUCCUCUCACCUAAUAGUUGUAGUGUUAUUCUAUGGAACAGCUACAAUCACUUAUUUGCAACCCAAACCACAUCAAGCUGAAGGAAUGGGGAAACUGAUAUCUCUCUUCUACACUAUUUUGAUCCCAACAUUGAACCCCAUUGUAUAUACUUUGAGGAACAAAGAUAUCAUGAUGGCACUGGGGAAACUCCUAGCUAAGCUUUUGAAAUGA